GGCCCCGAGCCAGGCCUUGCCCCCGGACUUGAGUGUCGACGAGAAUGGAGAAAUCCAGUAUCUCGGCCCGACGUCAGCCGUGCAUGAUCCGCACAAGCGCAAGCGUGUUCCCGCCACCACCCAAGCCUCCUCGGCAGCAACCGGAGACUUGUCCCGGAGGGACGUCCGGUCCGCGCUCAUGACUUACGCCGAGGAAGCCAAGAUAUGGGAGGAGUUCGCGUUAGGAAACGCCUCGCUGCAGACGGGUAUCCCUCGUCAGAUCAUCGCCAAGCUGUUGCAUAUACACUGGACUUGGGUGUCCCCAAUGUUCAUGCGAUAUGGCGACUAGGGGUCGCUAUUACUCUGAGCUUCUCCUCACCGUAAUAUGCGCACAUGCAUCCAAGUAUCAGGAUAGCAACUACACCGAGUUUCUGCUUGCUCGAGUGCGCUCUCUCCUAGGUUCCGCUAUACAGCAGCCCAGCUCCAUCCCGACAGUCCAAGCGCUUCUGCAGCUUAGUGCGUAUGAACUCGCCCGCGGCUCCAUAUCCCAAGCGUGGGUGUACAGCGGGAUUGCCUUUCGCAUGGCCAGCGACCUCGGGCUUCAGCACAGCGACGCGGGAAUUCACGGCCUGGGCCCUGUCGACGUGGAACUUCGGAAGCGUCUGUUUUGGAGUUGCUAUUUCUGGGAUAAGUACGCCAUGCUUGACGGAGGCCGUGUUGGCAUGUGCCUGCUGACCACUAUGGGGAUAACAGAGCGACAAGCCUCUAUACCGGGAGACUGCCCGCCGUCACGGAGCUGCCGCAAGAGAGCAGUCUCGACUUACGUCCGUCGCUCUUCCACACCACCCACUUGUCUCGUUGCGCAAAACUCUAACCUAGAUGUCAUAGUCGAUGAUUCCAUGGAGCUGGAGAGGUGGACCCCUUAUUACGGCGACUCCGUUAACCUCGCCAAGUUCGCGCAAACCCCGUAUCCACCGAGCACCAGCCACGCUGUGUCCUGUUUCUCGAACUCGUGCAAGCUGUCCAUCAUCAUCAACGACAUCAUCGUGCAGCUGUAUUCUCGGCGGAGUCGGGCCAUCACCGAGUCGGCGCUGCGAGAUAUCAGGACACGUCUCGACGACUGGCGGACAGCGUCGCCGGCCCAUCUGCGGUACGAUCCGGACGCCCUCCCCAGCGUCAGUCCGCCGCCUCACAUUGUAUCCCAGAAUCUGUUGUACUACACAACCGUGAUCCUCGCCCACCGCCCAUUUUGGUCAGUGGCAGCGUACUAUCAGGUGUGCAUUACCGCAGCGCAGAACAUCGAGAAACUCUUGCUGCUGCUCGAGUCGACCUUCGGUCUCAACCACAUCACAUAUCUGAUGGGAUACUGCAUCUACACGGGCGCCUCCGUCGUCCUGGAGGACGCCAAGCGCAGCAACCUGGGGACGGAGCACCCGGUGCUGCGCACUUUCCUCCGCGCCCUCAACGCGGGCACGCGCCGAUGUCCGCUCCUUGAAAGGAGUAUAAACAUCAUUGUCAGGGGCCUCAGCCGCACGUCAUCCGACCAGCCGAAUGCUCCGCCAGACUCCUCUGCCGCGAGUUGCCAUCUAGGCGGCGGCCCGCAGACUGCGCCGGACGCGAGCGGAACGCACCUGAAUCCCUACAUUCCGGCGUUCCCCUAUUUCGAACCCUCCUCACCGCAGGACUUCAACCCGGAAACGUACCUCGGUGGCGUCAACGCCUUUGGCUUCUUGGAUUGUUUCCCGGAAAUGCAGCUGGACCCGGGGGGCGAUUUUGGGUCCUCUAUAAUGGGCGCUUAAAGAUGCUACGGGUUAUAUGUGCGUUGCUUUUCCGCGCUGUCAGGAGAGUUGUGGGAACGUGGCGCAGUGGCAAUCUCACGUUCAUUCAUGU